CAGCCAGCGCCGCGAUCGGCCGAGAGUUAAAUGUUCUCUGAGCUUUGGUUUCAAGGCAUUAUUUUGUGCAUCGCAUUAAGUGCAGAUACGAAGUACAUGCUCCGCAGAGCGAGCGAGCCCUUCAUAAAACAUGCACUCCUUUUCUUCCGCCCGAAUGUUCGCAGCUGCGCUGGACGGAGCCUGUCUUUCUCUCUGUCCGUAGCACAGCUUCUGCCUGAUGCGAUGGCCAUCUACAUGUCCUCUGCCGCUAUGCCUGUCGAAUACUGAAUACUAAUGCCAUCUGUUCUCAUCACUAUACCCUGGAUUAAUGUAUAUGCUAAGCAUGAUCUA